AUGUCUCCUCCAGCUAUUAUAGCUCCUUCCAUUCUCAGUGCAGAUUUCGGAACCCUAGGGAGCGAAUGUUCGACCAAAAUUGAGCAGGGUUCAGACUGGUUGCAUGUCGACAUCAUGGACGGCCAUUUUGUCCCCAACAUGACCUUUGGAGCUCCCGUUGUCACCAAGAUUCGAUCUCAUGUCGACCGCCCAACCCAGCCCAAUGGAAAGGGUACCUUCGACUGCCAUAUGAUGAUCAUGGAGCCGCAUAAAUGGGUCAAAGACUUUAAAUCUGCCGGCUGCGAUCUGUACUGUUUCCAUUACGAAGCGGCCACCUCGUCCGUAGCAGCCACUGCUCCUGCAGACACGACAACUACCCGCCGGACGAGCCCGAAAGAACUGAUCCGAUAUAUUCACGAGGAGGGAAUGCAAGCUGGGAUAGCUAUCAAACCUGACACACCAGUGGAUGUACUGUGGGAUAUUCUGGAGAAUAAGGAUGAAAAAGAGCGUCCUGAUAUGGUCCUCGUCAUGACAGUACAUCCUGGCUUUGGCGGGCAAAAGUUCAUGGCUUCUGAGUUGCCUAAGGUAACAGCUCUACGUGAACGAUACCCCAACCUAAACAUUGAAGUUGAUGGGGGUUUGGGACUCGGGACGGUAGAUCAAGCUGCAGAAGCAGGCGCUAAUGUGAUUGUCGCUGGCUCGGCUGUUUUUGGUGCCCAGGACCCUGCCGACGUCAUAUUGAAGCUUCGUGAGGCCGUCAACAAGCACCGAAAGGCUUGA